UGUCUCGAACAGCUUUUCAUCUCACGACCGAUUCCAAGUUCCAAGCCGCAAGUCGCUCGCCAACAGCCGCAGAUAUAGGAAGGUUUAUACCAGAGGCGGUUAUCGUUUGAUAGAGAUACUUCGCGAAGAGCACCAGAGUGUGACCACGGUGACGAUGUCCGAGCGCACGUGGUGAUAGUGAUUAGUGGAGGAUUGAUUUGUGUUUUUUGUUGUUGAAAGUGAUGAACUAGGUGGUUUGCAUACUCCCCUUCGGAGAUGUGGUCCAACGUCGUGAUAGCUUUAGCAGGGUGGCUGUUUGUCUUCGUCUUUGCCACGGAAACCUGCAACCCGAAAGCAUGCCAACGAAAUGGCGACAACCAGAAGCCAGUUUGUGGCUCAGAUGGUCUCAGUUAUCCUACUAGAUGUAUAUUUGAAAAAGCGCGAUGUGUGAAUAAAAAUUUAACGAUAGAAAAGCGAGGACAUUGUAAGAAACAACGCAGUUGUUCGGAAUGGACCACAUUCAAUCAACAAAACCCUGUGUACAAUAUAACCUUUACCCCCAAAUGCCGUCCAGACGGUACUUACGACUCAGCCCAGUGCCAUUUGGGCGCCAACUUUUGUUGGUGCGUCACUCCCGAAGGAGUACCUCUACCGUACACGUCUUCCAGACGAAAAAACGACAAUAAACCACCGAGAUGCGGGAGAAAGAAGUCGACGAGAAGAAGAUCGUCGAUGCCCAAUAGCAGACAGAGACAGCAGCAGAGGAAUAGGGUUUGUAGGAGACCUGAUAAAUCGAUGUUGAAUAAUAACUUGAUCGAUAGUUUUCAUACCGAAUUCACCAGGGAUUCUGGAAGAAACGACAGCGACACCUUCGUCAUAACUUGGAAGUUUCAAACGCUCGACCAAAAUAGCGAUCACAUUUUGGACAGGUUCGAGUACCGAGAUCUCCGAAAAGUCGUUAGAAAAGACGUAAAACCCAGAAAGUGUGCCAGGCAUUUUCCUAGAUCUUGUGACCUCAACAAGGACGGGAAGAUCAGUUUGCAGGAGUGGGACAACUGCUUAACUAGAGGAGUAAGGAUGGAUCUCAACGUCUCUUUGCGUGUGUUCUUGUCGCUGAAUCCAGAAGGGCGCAGCCAGAACACAUCCAACGGCAACGACGAUGACGACGACGAUAGCGACAACAACGACUAUGCAGAGGAUCCCUUCGGACCUGGGAAGUCGACUCCUCACGAAGUUCUCAGUUCAGCCUUGGGCUCAGUGAGUAGCUUCGACGAAGAUUCCUCGGAAGUAGCCGAAGAUCCUACAGAUUGUCUGUCCGACAGGAAGACUGCCUUGGCUGAAGGAUAUCAAUUGUACGUUCCAGAAUGUACGCCAGAUGGACGGUACCAAAAGAUUCAAUGCUACAAAUCAGCUGGAUAUUGUUGGUGCGUUAACGAAGACACAGGAAAGAAUAUUCCAGGAACUUCGAUCAAAAAUGGUACUCCGAACUGCGAUCACCUAAAAACAAAUACCAGAGUGAUGAAGGGAUGCCCGGAUGAUAAGAAAUUUAUUUUCCUAAAAGAACUUCUAGCCUUUCUGUACACGAAGAUGUCGGAAAUCACAAACGGAACAAACACUAGUAGCUUCAACAACCUUGCAUGGAUAGCUUCCAAAGAAGAGCAAGUGGCAACGUGGAGUUUCGUGAUCUUCGACAAGAACAAAAGCAAAAUGCUGGAGCGGAACGAAUGGAAAGCCUUCAAGGACAUGGUGGGGGGAGUGAAGGGGUUGAGGAAGUGCGGCAAAAAGUUGCCCAGGUACUGUGAUAUCAACAAAGACAGACAAAUCAGUAUGACAGAGUGGCUGGAGUGUCUGAGUCUUAAACAAGGUGUCAGUAGUAGCAGUAUUCCCGGUUUCCAUGCAUCGCCUAGGGCAGGUAAAACAAAUCCUCUCAGUAUGCUGAAAGACGAUUAAAAACGUUUUGUAUAGAGAAAAGUCUUUGUAUAAUCUUUACUUUCAAGGAGGACCUCGUUGACUAUGGUCUAACCCUAACCUAAAAAGAUAAGUGUUUUUCCAAAGCUUAUAGGCAACCCAUAACGCACAUGUCAAGUGUCAAAGAUACAGAAAUUCAGGAAAUAGGCAACACAAAAGUCAUAUUUGACAAUAAGAUCGGGAUAUUCUAGAACGAAAAGUUUUGUUUUGUUUUGAUCAAAGUUGAGAGAAUACACGAAAAAGUUUCAAAACAAUAAAAAAACCUUUUAGAACCUUUUAUUAUUUAACGUACAGUGCACAGAUUCUAAAGGUGCCGGUGGGGGAUGGCGUCUAUGCGCAGUAUUAUAGUCGCUGUAUGAGAAAGUAUUCGAAAUAAUGCAAUAACAAAUUUUAUAUUAUUUGUUAUUUAAUUAUUUCGAAUACUUUCUCUCUCAUAUACCGAUUAUAAUAUUGCGCAUAGACGCCAUCCCCCACCAGAACCUUUAGAAGCUGCCCACUGUACAUAAUAAUAAUACCUUGGGUUGUUAAAACCAUGAUUGCAAAUGAUGAUAAAAUUUUUUUUCUAACGUUCUCUUUAAAAUUCCAUGUGCUCUGUAUUUUAACUCCUCCUUGAACAGUUACAAGGAUUGCAAAGACUGGUUUUAUGAAACCAAUUGACAGACUACAGAGACAGUCUGAUUCUCGAUUUUUGUGAUUAUAAUUUAGUGUACAGCUUUUAUGUUUUAGAUAUCCUCUAAACAGAUGUUAACGGUCUGCUGUUACAUAAAAGUGAAUGUAUUGUAUGUUUUAUACUCAGAGUUUUUACUUUCACAGGUAUGGUCCUUCUCAGAGGCAUUUUUCAGUGCGUCACAAGUGACAGAAAAAAGGUAAUUCCGUGAUAAUACACAUUUAUAACAUUUAUUCUAACAUGACAUUUUAGUUAAAUCUGGCAGUUGUCAGAAUCGUAAUCAGCCAAAUAUGAAAAAGGUAUUGCAGUAUAAACCCUUUUAUUUGCAAUUUGGUAUAAAAGCAAAUAAAUUGUGUUUAUUGCAUUUAUAAAAUGGUAUUUUUCUUGAUUUGUAUAGUCUUAUACAUUGUACAGAUUAUAGUCGUAUAUAUGUCCGCCCCCCAUCAAUUACUAUUUUGCUAAUUUUAAUUUUUAAUUUUUUAAUAACUUUUUCAAAAUGAAAUAAUACGUCCCAUUUAACAUUCACAUUCUUUCAGCUCAUAAUAUCUAUACGAAACCAGAUGUUAAUGGCCUGUUCAGUUUAUGUAUGGGGAACAAAAAUUCCACAUUUAAUAAAUUACCUUAUCAGACCUUAUGUCAAUAAAUUACUUUUUAAAUGCAUUCGAAGACGGUUCUUAAAACCACAUAAUGACAAACUGAUGUUUGUAGUUCAGUAGAGUCACAGCAGGCACCCUGUGCGGUCACACACUCGCUAGAAUAACAAACCCUCUUUCAAGAAACUUUCACGUUCUUUUUACUGAUGAAAAUAAAUAUAUUAUUGACAGACAGUUUGUUGUUUUUACAUUUAUUUUAAUUUCAUUUAAUCAUUUCCGUGGACAAUAAGAUCACACACGCAACCACCACACCACGGAACAUAAUAUAUAAUUCGUAAAUCAUUUUUUGUUCGAUUAUAGCGCCAUCUGUCAACAACUAGAAUAAAUGUUACAAAAUGACUGUAAUCACGUACGUACCUUUUUUCUGUCACUUCCAACUUAAUGCGUUAGAAAGAAAUCGAAAAACUGUGACACACUAAAAGAUGCCUCUGGGAAAGAGUAUACUGUCUGACCAAAUUCACUUUGUAUUGAUAUUUGGAUGCGCACUGGUGUUGACGAUAGGUAAACCGGGAGCUAUCAGUCGUAGGUCGAACAUCGCGCAGCAAACGUAAUUCAGUCUACACGGAGUGAACUUAAUCAAGAUGAUAAAAAAGGGAAACUUAAAUAUCUCGGGCAUAUAAUGAGAGGUAGCAGAUACAGGAUGCUGCAGUUAAUACUCAACGCAAAGAUCGACAAAGAAAGAGGAAUUAGUAGGAAGAAAUAUUCAUGGUUUAUGAGCAGAUCAAUUGUUACAUGCUGCGCAAGGCCGAGAACGAUAUCAGCAAAUUGUCAUGGAAGCUACCCACGCCUAAAAUUUGGGCACGGUACUUAAAGAAGAAGAAGGAGUGAUCUGCAGGGAGUGAUGUACAGUCGUUAUUCGUUUCCUGUCUCCAGGCACGUAGCCAGGAAAUGUACUUGGGGGGGGGGGGGUCCAAACACAACUCAAUUUUUUUGUUAGAUUAGACGGUAAGGUAUUGAAAGAAAUGUUUAGAGUAAAUUUUAGAUUCAUCUUUUUGUUAGCAACUAAUAAGAGAUUACAAAACUGAUUUUUAUUUUUAUAAAAACAGUGGCGUGCCAUUUUUUAAUGUAAUAAAAUUAUAUUUUGGUCAAUAUCAACGGUUCAAAAAAAGGUAGAGAAUAAAUUCUUUUCAUUAAAUUAUAAAGAAAUUUAUCCUCUUUUAAAAUAUAUAAAAAUUAAUAUACCAUUACAUUUGUUUUUUUUUUUGAAAAAAACUCAAAAAUUUGCUACCAUUUCAGUUAACGCCAUCUAGCGGCGACAGCAAACGUCAAAACUUCAAAACCAAAUAAGCGUUUUGUAGUGCAAAUUAUGCUCUUUCAUAUGAGCCUAAGUUUGCUAAAAUUGGUCAAAAGAAACGGAAGAAAUCUUGGUUUGUUUAAAAAAACAAUUGAACUUCUCCCACCGCUUUAUUUUGAUAGCUAGAACAAAACGUUUUAGACAAAAAAUGUAGGGAAAUGGUCUGUAAAUAUGAAAAUGAUAUCAUCGAUAAAUUUUCAUUAGACAAAAUUCUAUAAAAAAUCCCAUUUUUCUACUUUGUGUUGGUUGUUACGCCCUCUAGCGGACGUUUGACAAACUCGAAAAUAAUUUCCAGCAAUUUCUCUUGGCGACUUUUAUCAUGAUUUUUUUUCUCAAAUCUAUACGACUAAUAUCUUAAGAGAUAUGGCCGCUCGCUACCCUUAACUGAUCACCCUGUACAUAACUACUAUUAUAAAAUACGUUACUUACCAAUUUCCACUGGUUUCACAUGAAAAAAUUUUGUAAUUUUUCUUUGAGAACUCUCUUUUGGGGCAAAUCUCUUCAUGAUAAUAAGAAUACAAAGUCAAGACUAAAUACAGAGUUCACUAAAAAACUCACUCACGAAAACUAAAAGAAUCACUCACGAAAACUAAAAGAAUUUGAACUACCAACAAACAGUACAAACACAAUUGUUUGAAAAACACUUUUAUGUAAAAAUAUUCUUAUUUAUACAGGGUGUUUGGUAAAGAAUGGGCCAUAGCUUAACCUCAGGUUCCUGAGGUUAAAUAGGCCGAGUUAAGCUAACUUACCUUAGUUCAAAGUUUAUAAUAACUAGGGAGCGGAUUUAUAUGCGAUAAAUUUUGAUGAAAUAUGCGCAUAUAUAUGCAGUAAAAAAUUACGAAAUAUGCGCAAGAUAUGCACAAAAAUUCAAAAAAUGCGCAUUUCGAGAAACCACAAAUUUUCUGUUCUAUUCUAUUCUAGGGGGUUCUUUUAUAGGGGUGGGGGCGGCAAUCUUAUUUAUUAUCUUUCAAAUAAAAUCAUCAUUUUUUAUAUAUGCAAUUUAUUCACAUUUUUUACAAAAACUGAUAGCAAUAAAACAACAAUAUCACUAUAUAUAUCUUCGGUUAUAAUUCACUACAAUGUGUUUUUCCAAAUUUUCUACGAGGAAACAUUUUCUUUGAUCAGAUAAAAUAUUUUUAUAACUUGAAAAACUCCUUUUAACAUCAACAGAAGUAAUUGGGGCGUAUUUAAAAUAACUUGUUAAAGCCGAAAAUUCUGCACCAAAAUAAAUUUCAAAAUUGCCAUUAAAAAUGUCGCAUAUGUCCUCCAAAGUUUUAAAGCGGUUUAAAGAUGGGAUCUGAUCUAAAGCAUGAAUAUUUUAAUUUCCGUUAGAAAAUCGUAAUGGUUAAAGGUGUAAAUGCUCUUAACAAUAGGGGAUUUAAAAGAAUCACCCGAAUUAUAGGUACCUACUAAAUUGGGAUACAAGUUGUACUAAAUAUAAUAAAAGUAAAUAAAAUUCGGAUUUUCCGAUAAACCAUCCUUCAUCAUUUUAACAUCCUACAAUCAUUUUAUAACGGCGUACUAUAAGCACCCUAUAAGUACUUUGUGUAAAGAUCGGGUAUUUUCUAAGAAAAAAUGAAAAGGCAGUUGAAUGAACCGUCUCUCUUCAGGUAGUUCUCGAAUUAAUAAAUAUGACAGCCGGUGCGGGGAAAUAUUUUGUGUCGAAUUAAAAAAUUAAAAUUUUUUUUGGACUUAAAUAUUUUUAAAUAUGCACAAAAUAUGCACGUUUCUUUAAAAUUAUGCAAAAUUUAGUAAAGUUCUUAAAUAUGCGAAAUAUGCAUGCAAUAUGCAUUUAGCAUAAAAUCCGCUCCCUAAUAAUAACCGAGAUACAGGGUGUCGUUAAACUUUUUUUUUAUUUAUUAUUGAAUAUUUCCUGACAAGUAUGAGAUAACAACAUGGAAUUUGGUAUGUGGGGGUUUUUUGGGUCGAGAAAACUAAAUUCCCUACCAAAAAUGAUGUAUUGCCCAGAGGGCGCCACAUACGCCUUUCAGCACUCAUUUAUUACGUUCAAUUUUUUUUAUCACUCAUUCUGUAUAAUUUUGACAUUAAAAUUUUAAUUCUCCUAUUAGUUUUACUUAAAAAAGGUAUACUUUUUUCAUCUCCCUAAACUCAACCGCUUUCGAGAUAAACGCAUUUUAAAUCUGCGAUACACCAUCAUUUUUAGCAUAAUAUCAUUGUAGUUACAUUCGAAAAAUAACUUAAAACCAUAAAAUUAUCCAAAAAUGUAUCGCAAAUUUCUUCAAAUGGAAUUUGCGAUGCAAUGACAUAAAUUUGAGAACUGACACAAUUAUUAUGGUUUUAAGUUAUUUUUCGGGUGGCAUUACUGCUGGUUCCUAAAAAAACUGAUACGACUCUUAUGCCCGGUUGCACCAACAGAUCUUACGCUUAAGUCGUUAUGUAUAACAAAAUAUCUUAAUUUUUAUUUCUAACUCAAAAAUACAAGUGCGGUCAAUGUUUACCCUCGCCUUGGCUGUUUAUCUUUGAAUGACCUGAAAUCUGAAAUACGGAAAAGAAAAUCACAUGCGAACAAUAUUUCAUCGUCUGUGAAACAAAUCUUUUCAAAAAAUGAAAUGCAUAGCCACUAGCCACUGUUAUCUAAACGGAUCGAAUUACAGCUUAUGCAUGUUAAGACUUAUGGCAGGGUUCGAUACUUAAAGUCAAGUGGAUGCACAGUCAAAGAAAUAUUUUUUAGUCGAAGUUUUGUUACAAUAUGCUGAUGAUUUUAAAAAUUAAUAUACCGUACACUUUAUAUGAUAUAAAGGUAUAAUCUUUCCUAGUAAAAAAUAAUAAUAAUUUCGUUCACUUUUUCAAGAUAAUAAUAAUAACUUGGAAAAAACUUACUGUCUUGAUACCAGUUUGGAGGGGGGGUCUGGACCCCAUGGACCCCCCUCUUGGCUACGUGCCUGCCUGUCUCGCUUACGAGUUCUAAGGUCUCUGUUCUCCUUGCGCGCAUCUCAAAUACAAAGUGAAUUUUGUCAGACUGUAGCUGAUGAAUUUGUUAAAUAGUAGAGCAGUUAAGGGAGGUGCAGUUUUAAGUUAAGUGCGAAAUAUUGGUUGUUAAUCAUUAUGGUGGGGUUUUUAUAAACAUUUUAUGCUUUCAUCGGUCAUAACAAUGACAAAAAAUUACAAUCAUUAAAACACAAGAAUAUUUUGUGGCUCUUUAACUCAAAACUGUGUCCCAAACAUCUGGUUGAAGGAUAUAAGUUGCGAAUUGUAUAUGUAUAUAUUAUAAUAAAAUAGAAGGUACUUGUGUAUGUUUAAGUUAUGUUAAAUUAUUGUAAUGUUUUAAUAAAGAAAAAUAUUAAUAUUGUGAAGGUAAGCUGCAAAAAGCCUAGGUACUUUUUUUGCCUUUUGUAAGUGGUAUCACUGAUAAGAGCACGGAUAUACAGGGUGUCCCGAAAAGAAUGGUCAUAAAUUAUACCACACAUUCUGGAGUCAAAAAUAGUUCGAUUGAACCUAACUUACCUUAGUACAAAUGUGCUCAUAAAAAAAGUUAUAGCCCUUUGAAGUUACAAAAUGAAAAUCGAUUUUUUUCAAUAUAUCGAAAACUAUUAAAGAUUUUUUAUUGAAAAUGGACAUGUAUCAUUCUUAUGGCAGGAUCAUCUUAAAAAACAAAAUUCUAGUUAGAUUUGUUCACCCCAUACAAAUUUUAUGGGGGUUUUCAUCCCUUAAACCCCCCCAAACUUUUGUGUACGUUCCAAUUAAUUCAUUAUUGCGGUACCAUUAGUUAAACACAACGUUUUUAAAACUUUUUUGCCUCUUAGUAUUUUUUCGAUAAGCGAGUUUUUAUCGAGAUGCGGCUUCUUUUUUAAUAUAUUUACAUAAAAUUUUUGUUCCUUUAAAGUUUUUUUUUGUUUUUUUAAAAGUUUUGUUCCUUUAAACCCCCCAUAUGUUUGUGUACGUUCCAAUUAAACUAUUAUUGUGGUACCAUUAGUUAAACACAGUGUUUUUAAAACUUUUUUGCCUCUUAGUCUUUUUUUGAUAAGUCACCUUUUAUCGAGAUAUGGCUUCUUUUUCAAAAUAUACCUAAAAAUGUAAAUUAUAAAUACAUUUUCAGAUUAUUAACAGGUCUCUAUAAUCGUACUUAACCAUAUACAAAUAUGUGGUGGAUUGGAUAAAUAUUCAAAAUAUCUCGAUAAACACUGGCUUAUCGAAAAAGUUUUAAGAGGCAAAAAUGUUUUAAAGACAGUGUGUUUAACUAAUGGUGCCACAAUAAUAAUUAAAUUGGAACGUACACAAAAGUUUGGGGGGGUUUAAGGGAUGAAAACCCCCAUAAAAUUUUUAUGGGCUGAACAAAUCUAACUAGAAUUUUGUUUUAAGAUGAUCCUGCCAUAAGAAUGAUACAUGUCCAUUUUCAAUAAAAAAUCUUUAAUAGUUUUCGAUAUAUUGAAAAAAAUCGAUUUUCAUUUUGUAACUUCAAAGGGCUAUAACUUUUUUUAUGAGCACAUUUGUACUAAGGUAAGUUAGGUUCAAUCGAACUAUUUUUGACUCCAGAAUGUGUGGUAUAAUUUAUGACCAUUUUUUCGGGACACCCUGUAUAUUGGGAAUCAGGGCAAAAUUUUCAUUUUCUUCUCAAGAAUUAUUGAGAAGAAACAGAAAAUACUUUUUUGUUCUUUGUUCAAUAGUCGAAGGUAGAUAAAUUAAAAAUCUCUUAAAUCAUUGUUUUACGUAGGGAACUUGUUAAGGCAAUCUUCACAAUAUUAACCCAGUGACUAUUAUAGUGAAGAUAUUGUAAAAUACUUAAUAACUUGUCCUUGUGAUGCACACUGUCGACAUGAUAUCACCACUUGAACGUUAAACCUUUUAGACACUAGAAGCUUAAGAUCCUUUGGACAUGAUGUAUUAACUGUUUUCUUAUACUAUUGUAUCCCUAGCUCUCUUACGGUUACAACAAUCCUUAACACGUUAAGCCUUGUAGUACCUACUGUGAGCAUAUUUCCCCAAUAGUAGCACAUACAUAUAAAAUGGUAAUGUCCUUAUGGUAUGAGUUUUUUGGAUGCCAUUGUAUUCUACACUCACCGGCACAAAAAACGGGCACUAAACCUGAUUUCCGAUUAAAGCAUUUUUUUAAUAUAUUAUAGCCUUAUUCUUUAACAAUAUCGCUGUAAUAAUAUUGUUGCUCGACAGCUACAUUGUCAUUGUAUACAGGGUGUACGAAUCAAACUGUGUUUUUUUCUCAAACUUUGGAACACCCUGUGGAAUGUUCUAGCUUUUAUAAAAUACUGAAAUUAAAACCCAGCUAUAGCCUCAGGUUUUCUUAACAUUCUGUUUUUUGAUUCAUUCGCUUAUGUUGGAUAAUAAAAAAGUUAGGCACUUUAACAACUACCCCUGUUUUUCGUCAAUACAGGGUGUUUUUAAAUAAGUACGGCAAACUUUAAGGGGUAAUUCUGCAUGAUAAAAUAAUGACAGUUUGCUUUAUAAACGUAUGCCCGCAAAUGCUUCGUUUCCGAGAUAGGGGGUGUUAAAAUUGUUCUUACAAACUGACGACUUAUUUAUUGCUCUAAAACGCGAUAUGCAAAUGAAAUUUGGUGGAUUUUAAGAGGUAGUUAUUGCGCAUUUUUUGGCAUACAAUUAAGAAUUUUAUAUUCACCAUUGGCGUGCAUACGGGUAUAAACAUUUUAGUAAUAUCCCGUAUGUACGCCAAUGGUGAAUAUAAAAUUCUUAAUUAUAUGCCAAAAUAUUCGCAAUAACUACCUCUUAAAAUCCACCAAAUUUAAUUUGCAUAUCGCAAACCGUUUUAGAGCAAUAAAUAACACCCCCUAUCUCGGAAACGAAGCAUUUGCGGGCAUACGUUUAUAAAGCAAACUGUCAUUAUUUUAUCAUGCAGAAUUACCCCUUAAAGUUUGCCGUACUUAUUUAAAAACACCCUGAAUUGACGAAAAAAGGGGUAGUUGUUAAAGUGCCUAACUUUUUUAUUAUCCAACAUAAGCGAAUGAAUAAAAAAACAGAAUAUUAAGAAAACCUGAGGCUAUAGUUGGGUUUUAAUUUCCGUAUUUUAUAAAAGCUAGAACAUUCCACAGGGUGUUCCAAAAUUUGAGAAAAAAACACAUUUUGAUUCGUACACCCUGUAUACAAUGACAAUGUACCUGUCUAGCAACAAUAUUAUUACAGCGAUAUUGAUAAAGAAUAAGGUUAUAACAUAUUAAAAAAAUUACUUAAAUCGGAUAUCAGGUUUAAGAAAUACAAGUCAUUAGAAAUGACCCAUUUUUUGGGGUGCCCGCUUUUUGUGCCGGUGUGUGUAUUUGUUAAAGCCUAUCCCACGACCCCUCACACAGCUAGCUCUCUAGGUUACACCAUUUUGUAGAUAUAUCUUUCCGUCUUUUUGAUAUGCAGCAAAAUAUACCCCGCAUAGUGGAUUCAACCCCAUUUUCGUCGCUCUACGAUAAGCAAUUUGACCGCUACGGAUAUUUUUAACAUAAUUUUAACUCUGAAAGCAGUUCUAACACUGACUAUGGUUCUAAACCGUACUAAAAUAUGGACCGGCCGUUAAUGUAGAUCCAAUGCUUAACGACAUUGGCAUCAUAGUAUAUCACUCUGUCUGGCCCAACUUUAAUACACUCCAUAACACUAGCCCAUACAGUUUAAUCGUCAGUUUUCUAAUAUUAACAAAACAAGAUAUAUCUGGCAAUUUGACAUGCAUUCAACAGUUUCUUUGGAAGCCUGUUUUCUUUCAUCCUAAAUACAUGGCCUGUGCAUUGAAGUCGCUGUAGGUGGACAUACUGAGAUAAAGCUGGUUCUUUCUAUACAUAUAUAUUUGAUAUACUAUAUUUCAUUCCCCACCUGUUGUUUUCAUUUGUACGGCCUACUAUUCAUGUCAGUGUCUUUCUUUCAAAAAUGUCCAAGUGGUUUACAGAUUUUUGAGUCAAUACUCAAGUUUCACAUCCAUAGCCCUCUAUUGGUCGGAUAAUGGUCUUAUAGAUUCAUACCUUAGUUCUUGGUACAUCUCGUGAUUUAUUGCAAUAGCUCUAAUACCGCUAGCCAUUUUCUUCUUCGCGUGCCUCAUCCUUUAAGGACAUUAAUGAUCAUCACAGCCCCUUUAGCUCUGUCUGCAGCGAUUAUGAAGAGUUCUAUUGUUGUUUUUCUACUCCUGUUCAAUCUCAAAUUAAUCCCUUAAUGUGUAAUCUCACAUUAUUCUUAACUUCCUAAACUUUUAUAGUUUCACCGUGUAUAAUUGAAACAUUGGGAAAACAAAUCGAGUAUUAUUUUAAUCAUUACAGUCCAGUGAACCUUUUGCAACCUAAAUUAAUUGCCAAAUCGUGGUAUUUACAUUUGAACUUCCUAAGCUUUGCAAUAGCUUGAUUAAACUGUAGUUUGCAAGUUCAUUGUUCUUUACCACGCAAGUUAUUGAUGAUUUGUAAGUAUAUUUUGAUGAGAUUAUAAAUUAGCCAAAGGGACUAUUUUGAGUCGCAGUCUAUUUAGAAUAGUUACCUCGUUACCUUGUUUGUAGUUACGUCACUAGAGUGUAAUAGGGAUGUUCACAAAAAAUUAAAAAGUCAUUUCAAACAUGUAAAACGAUUAAGAAACACCCUAGGAAUAAUUGUCCAAAAUUUCAACAAAAUUGAAAAAGUCUUUCUAUAAAAAAUCUUUAUUAGAAAUCUAGCAUUAUUUUAAAUUUCAAGAACGCUUCUCUAUUGGCCUGACGUCACUAGUUGCAUACCCCAAGCGCGCGCCAUUCUCAUAGUGUUAUUGUUUACCUGUUUGACGUUUCAGGUCAUUUUAUUUUGUUCUCUUCUUGUUUUAUCAGGGUUAAAGUGGAGUUUUAUAGUGAAUUUGUUUAGUUUAAAGUGGAUAGACUGUUUGUAAGAACAUAUUUUGGGUGGUACAAAAAUAAACAAAUAAAAUGGAAGAAGGUUUUCAGAAAGCCGAUUCGUAUAAACUACUGACUGUAGUGUAGAUGUAACAAUGGUGUAUGAUUUAUUGGCAUCUUGUAAAAAAAUAAAUCUACCACAGCUUUACUGAGUAUAUAUUCCAUAUAAUUUUCCAUGUCUUCUUUAAGCUAAAAAAAUAAAUGCUUAAUACUCCACAAAAAAAAUAGAGAAAGUUGUAUGCAUGCAUUGUAUGCAUGCAUAUUGUAUACAUACAUUGGCUGGUUAUUACCUUACCUUGGUUAGGUGUAUUAAAACUAUUUUUAUUCUUCUUCAUGUGCCUUGUCCGUUGUGGACGUUGGCUAUCAUCAUGGCAAUUUUAAUUUCAUUUGCGGCGUUUCUGAAUAACUCGAUCGAUUUUUGUCCAAAUCAUUGGCGUAAGUUUUUAAGUCAUGAGUGUCUUUUCUUCCGGGUCCGCGUUUGCUCUCUAUUUUACCUUGCGUUAUCAGUUGGAGUAUACGAUAUUUAUCAUGCCUCAUGAGAUGACCGAAAUAUUUAAGAUUUCGUUUCUUAAUUGUAAAAGAGAUUUCUUUUUGUUUUCCCAUUCGACGCAAUACCUGUACGUUGGUGUGGGUCGCCAGGAUAUUUUGAGGAUACGUGGGUACACACACAUCUCGAAUGCCUCUAGCUUUUUCAUUAAUGUUUCCAUUAUUGUCCAGGCCUCUGCGCCAUAUAGCAAGACCGGAAAUAAUAACAUUUUAGCAGCCGCAUUUUUAGUGAAAGAGAUAUUAUGUCGCAAUGGGUGAAAAUAUUUCUCAUGCAUGUUGUUAAAUGUUGCUCUGUCCUUUUCAACUCUAGAUCUUAUUUCGGUUGUUUCGUAUUUCGAGUUGACAACUGUUCCAAGGUAAAAAAUAUUUUUGAACUUGGGUAUUAUACAUUUUCAUUUCAACCAAUCUUUUCACUAAAUUAUUAAUGAUUUUAAUAUAAUAUAAAGUCAUACCUACAUCCACAUGUAGUUAUUUCAAGGUUUACUUUUACUGUAUGUAUUAUUAGAAUCCCGUUUUUAGGAAUAUCCCAGUUUAAGGAAUACAAAUUUGAGGUCCCGAAACUUUUUCAUUUACUCUUUAAGGGGGUAGGUGCAAAAUCUUGGUCCAAUGCUAUUUAAAUUCAUUCAUUUUUUUCGAAUCCUGAGAAAACUAAUAAGUAUUUUUGAAAAAUGUAAAUGCAGAAAGAACAAUUACAUUAUUACCAAGGGCCGAAAGUCUCUGGAAAACUUCUAUAAUGUCUAUUUUAUUAAGUUAGUUCUUUAAGUUAGUUAUUUUAAGUUCUAGCUGCAACAAACCAUUUCUUUUUCUGUUUUAAAUUGGCUGAAACGGUAAUAAAAAUCUUGUUAGAACUGUUUUUUGAUGUAUUUACACACCCAGGAACAAAACACCACUUAUUGGGCUUUAUUUUUAAUAAUUAAAUACGUAAAAAACUGCGCACAUUCAAAUACACUUCGUAAAUAAGUAUACAAAACUAGUCGUCGAUCAAAGACGUUACGACUGCUGACGUCACAGACCGUAGCCUCGCUGCAGGGUACCGUUUUUCUAGCCUCCAAGAAAAUCAACAUUAUGAACUCAUUUAUCUUAAAAAAUAUACAUUUUUAAACAGUUUUAUGAUUGUUACGUUUUUAUAUACCUUGUAAUCUAUUGAAUUUAACUAUAUUUAAAAAUUAGUGAACAUCCCUAUUAUACACGGUGAAACUAUAAAAGUUGACGAAGUUAGGAAUAAUGUGAGAUUACAAAUUAAGGGGUUAAUUUGAGAUUGAACAACUCCACUGCUUUAAAAUUUUCAACCAGAACAUGCGCCGUUUUCCAGGUCCCCUUUUUUCCUUAGAAAUUUCCCUUGUCUAACCAAUCGCACUAACUCAUAGUUUUCAUUUCUUAGUAUGUCACCAAAGUAGCAUAUAGUGUUGAGUAACUCUGUCAUUAAAUUUGAGUCUUCAUAAAUAUAAGACUAUUUUCAUUACCUGUAGAUAUCAUGCAGUGUGUUAACUAUAUUAUAAAGUGACAGAAUUAAAAGUCCGAUUAUUUGUAGCCUAAAAGUUGUAUCCUAUUAUUAUAGUGGAGUCACUGAAGGUUUUCACCUCCGGUUUCGUUGAACCUUCAUCGAUUUUCAUGGAAAUUGGUGAGUAGUUAGAAGAUACUUUAAGGAACAAAGGUGACAUGAUGCCAACUUGCGCUUUUACCCUGGGGGUGGAUGCCACCCCUUCUCGGGGGUGAAUUUUUUUUAAAUUCCAGAAAUCGAUAGAGGGUCAACUUCUAAGCAAAAUUUAUUAUAUAAAGUUAUUAACAUAAAUCAAUACUUUUUGAGUUAUUAAGUAUCAAAAAUUUUAUUUUUUCUUAAAAAAAAUGCAUGUUUUAAAGCUGUUUUCUCACUAUUACUCAAAAACUAUAAGCUUUUGCAAAAAAACUAUUAUUACCAAAAUUAAAGAUAAUAAAAGAUUUAAUACCCUCCCCACUUAAAGAACUAAACUAAUGUUAUUUCAAUGUGAGUUAUGGGUAAUUGAAUGUAUAUUUUUUUCGACGAGUACUCAAAUCUAAGUAUUCAAACUUACAUAACGGGAAAACGAUGUAUUUUAUAGAAUAUACUUGUUAAGCACUUGUCAAAGUACUUCGGAGUACAUAUGAAAUGAGCUCCAGUAGAAGUUAAUAGCAUCAAAAUUAAGCAAGUUAUGAUGAAAAUAAGAGAACCCUUUCGAUUUUUUUUGGAAAAGUGAAAAAUAAAACAUAAGCCAUUUCCACAAAAAUUAAAAUUUGUAGUAAUCCUCACAAGAAUUUCUUAAGGUUAACAUAGUUAAUGAUUUCAACAAUUUUCACCGGUUUAGAAUGCAUAUUUUUGAAAAAAAGAUACAAUUUAAAAAAAUCAGAAUUUUUAAAAUUAUCGUACUUUUCAUUUUUUUUUUUGAUAAUAACUCCAAAAAUACUCAAUAUACGUAAACAACGAUAUGUAACUAAAUUUUAGUUCUUUCUGUUCCAAAUACUCUAUCCAUUUCACUAUUUCCGUAGAGUAAAAAAUAACCGAGAUAGAAACGUUUAAAAUUUCAAUUUUGCUGCGAGAACCAUGUAACCGGGGCCAUUUAACCUUUUAUUGUUAAAAAAUUGAGACGUUUAAAAGACUAAUUUCGACAUUUUUUAAUAGCUCUUUGAAUCAACUUUUAAUUCGUUUUUAGGUGAACCUGAUAUCUUAAAAUUUAACGGAGUUAUUUACAAAAAAACAACAUUUUUUGGAAAAAAUUUUAAAAGAUACAUUUUGAAACAUUUUUGGUGCAUAAAUUUUAAUGCUAUCAAGUUGUUCGAGGGCUUAUUUGAUAGAUAUUUCUAUGAACUUUGACAAAUGUUUUAUAAGUUUAUGUUAUAAAAUGCAUCAUUUUGCCGGUAUUUAAGCUUGAAUACGUAGAUUUGGGUACUCGACGAAGGUUUUUCUAGUAAGGAGUUUAUUUGAUUUUUUAUUAGCCUCAAUUUUGAUUAUAACAACUUUUUUGUAAAAACUUUGAGUUAUUUAUGAAAAAUCGGUUAAAAACAUGCAUUUUUCUCACGAAAAAUGAAAAUCUUUGAUCUUUAAUAACUCAAAAAGUUUUGAUUUAUUUUAAUAACUUUAUAUAACAAAUUUUGCUUAUAAUUUGUGCCUCUAUCGAAUUGUGGGGUUAUUUUUAAUAAAAUAAUUUUCACCCCCGAGGAGGGGUGGCAUCCACCCCCAGGGUAAAAGCGCAAGUUAGCACCAUUUCACCUUUGUUCCUUGAGAUACCCUCUAACCACUCACCAAUUUUCAAGCAAAUCGAUGGAGGUUCAACGAAAUCGGAGGUAAUAGCUCAUAUCCACCUUCAGUGACUGCACUAUUAAGCCCACUUCAAAGAUUGUUUAGAGCGAAACAAACUUAGAAAACGGGCUCUAAUGUGUUUUGUUUUUGUUUUAUUUAUAUUAAAAAAUAUCGUCUUGAUAGUAAUCAAUUAGAACAAAAACAAAAUAUGUACCUGUUUUAAGAUGUGAUGUAAAAUACAAUUUUUUUUAAUGAUAUCGAUUAUGAAAAGAACAGUUCUUUGUUAAAGUAUUUUGAACUUGAAUAAACAGUUUUUGUUACA